UCAAUGAAAAAUCAAAUGGAAAAAUGUUGGAUGAGUUGGUGACGAUAUUCUGGUUGGUUGCUCUUGUUGCUUAUGCUUGCAAAUAUUUUUAUCCCACCUGGAGUCACAUCAUAUCUUAUGGAAGAAUAGUAUAUAGAGAAGAAGAAGAAAAGUGUAAAAUAUUGCAAAGAAAUAAUAUGACUGUUCAAAAAGGAAACCUUUCGUUGAUGGAAAAGACACUGUCAGGAUUGUUAUCCUAUCUUUUGUCUUCUAGAAUAGAAUACCGUACAGGAUUUACCCAUUUUUAUGGCAUCGGUUGCAUUGCUUCGUUGGUUUUAUUCUAUUUUCAAAACUUCCAUGGGAUUGGAAAGGCGAGAAGAGUGUGUUCUAGUUGGUUAUUUCUUCUUCAUACGAGUAGAAGGUUAUACGAAUCUUUGUUCAUGCAGGUCUAUAGUAAGAGAAAGAUGCACUUGUUGCAUUGGUUCGCAGGUACAAGUUAUUAUUUGUUCGCUGCUUGUACUUUUUGUUGGCAUGAUGACCAUCCCUAUUGGUCACUUUCUAAAGGGUGGCUUGCGUUGGUAUUUAUUGUUUUUGUAUGGAGCAAUUAUCAACAGUAUUUAUGUCAUCAGCACUUGGCACAACUGAGACGGAAGGAUGGAACAGACAACAAGCGUUAUUAUAUUCCAUACCGAGGACUAUUUCGAUAUGUUGUUUGCCCACAUUAUAUGUUGGAAAUAAUCAUAUAUGGAGUUUUGGUGAGUGGUAGUUGGGCUUGGUUUUCAUUCAGAGUGAUUUUGAUAGGUUUUGGGGAAGGGAGGCUCAAGGAACAGUUUUCUGAAUUUUGUUUUUGUUGUGCUCAAUUUGACAAGUCGGUCUAUUGAAUGUUGGCAUUGGUAUCAAAGUUAUUUUGGUAUAGAAUGUGUGAAUAGUCACUGGCAUAUAUUGAUACCUUGGUUGUGGUGAUGUU